AUGUCAUCAGAAAAAAUUUUUUUUCAAAAUAACAAUAAUCAGUAUAUCAGUUUUUUCUUUCUUGCUAUCUAUCUAUCUAUCUAUCUAUCUCAGCCUGUUCAUACCUAUAUAUCUAUCUUAGUUUGUUCAUAUCUAUCUAUCCAUCUAUCUAUCUAUCUAUCUAUCUCAGCCUGUUCAUACCUAUAUAUCUAUCUCAGUUUGUUCACAUCUAAUCAUCUAUCCAUCUAUCUCAGCCUGUUCACAUCUAUCUAUCUAUCUCAGUUUGUCCAUAUUCAUCCAUCCAUCUAUCUAUCUAUCUCAGUUUGUCCACAUUCAUUCAUCUAUCCAUGGUAUCUAUCUAUAUCCAUCCAUCUAUCUAUCUCAGCCUGUUCAUAUUCAUCCAUCUAUCUCAGUUUGUUUACAUUCAUAUCUAUCUAUCCAUCUGAAAAAUCUAUCUAUCUCAGCCUGUUCAUAUCAUCCAUCUAUGUUUAUCUAUCUAUCUAUCAUCUAUCUAUCUAUCUCAGCCUGUUCAUACCCAGAAAUCUAUCUCAGUUUGUUCAUAUCUAUCUAAAUCUAUGUUUAUCUAUCUAUAUAUAUCUAUCUAUCUAUUAUCUAUCUAUCACAGCCUGUUCAUAUCAUCUAUCUAUCUAUCUAUUAUCUAUCUCAGCCUGUGUAUAUCUAUCUAUCUAUCUAUCUAUCUAUCUAUCUAUCUAUCUAUCUUUGAGGGAAAAUAUCUCCCUGUUUGUACCAAUUUCUUUUCAUAUAUAUAAAAUUUACAGUACACCCCUCUGA